AUGGGAACCCGCGGCGUCGCCCUGGUGCUCCUCGCGGCGGUGCUGCUCCAGGCGCUCCUCCCCGCGCCGGCGGCGGCGGAGGGCCUGGUGCGGGUCACGCUGAAGAAGCAGCCCGUCGACCAGAACAACCGCGUCGCCGCGCGCCUCUCCGCUGAGGAGAGGCAUCGCCUCCUCCUCCGCCACGCCCUGGGCUCGGGCGGCGACGACUCCGACGUCAUCGCGCUCAAGAACUACAUGAACGCGCAGUACUUUGGGGAGAUCGGCGUUGGCACGCCGGCGCAGAAGUUCACCGUCAUCUUCGACACCGGCAGCUCCAACCUCUGGGUGCCGUCCUCCAAGUGCUACUUAUCGAUUGCUUGUUAUUUCCACUCGCGCUACAAGUCAGGGCAGUCAAGCACUUACAAGAAGAACGGAAAACCUGCUGCCAUUCAAUAUGGAACUGGUUCAAUUGCUGGUUUUUUCAGUGAGGAUAGCGUUACAUUAGGUGAUCUGGUUGUGAAGGAUCAGGAAUUUAUUGAAGCUACAAAGGAGCCAGGCCUUACCUUCAUGGUUGCAAAAUUUGAUGGCAUUCUUGGGCUAGGCUUUCAGGAAAUAUCUGUUGGGAAUGCAACACCAGUGUGGUAUAACAUGGUAAAACAAGGUCUCAUCAGUGACCCUGUUUUCUCCUUCUGGUUUAACCGACAUGCUGAUGACGGAGAAGGUGGUGAAAUUGUGUUUGGUGGAAUGGAUUCUAGCCACUACAAGGGUGAUCACACGUAUGUCCCAGUCACUCAGAAGGGAUACUGGCAGUUUAACAUGGGCGAUGUCCUUGUUGAUGGAAAGUCCACUGGGUUUUGUGCUGGCGGUUGUGCAGCAAUCGCAGAUUCUGGAACUUCCUUGCUUGCUGGCCCCACAGCCAUAAUUACUGAAAUCAAUGAAAAGAUUGGUGCUGCUGGUGUAGUCAGCCAGGAGUGCAAGACUGUUGUUUCUCAAUAUGGACAACAGAUCCUAGAUCUUUUGCUAGAAGAGACACAACCAGCGAAGGUCUGUUCUCAGGUUGGUCUGUGCACUUUUGAUGGCAGUCAUGGUGUUAGUGCUGGAAUUCGGAGCGUAGUGGAUGAUGAAGCUGGGAAAUCAAAUGGUGGUCUCAAGAGUGAUCCAAUGUGCAACGCCUGUGAGAUGGCUGUGGUAUGGAUGCAGAACCAACUUGCCCAGAACAAGACACAGGAGCUCAUCCUGAACUACAUUAAUCAGCUUUGCGAGCGUCUCCCUAGUCCCAUGGGAGAAUCAGCCGUGGACUGUGCCAGUCUUGGGUCCAUGCCUGACAUUGCGUUCACCAUUGGAGGCAAGAAGUUCAAGCUGAAACCAGAGCAGUACAUUCUGAAGGUUGGUGAAGGACAAGCUGCUCAGUGCAUCAGCGGAUUCACUGCUAUGGAUAUCCCACCACCUCGUGGCCCCCUCUGGAUCUUGGGUGAUGUUUUCAUGGGAGUCUACCACACUGUCUUCGACUAUGCCAACCUGAGGGUUGGCUUCGCAGAGUCGGCCUAA